AUGUCAGAUUAUGAUUAUGAAUAGGAUUUUAGCGAUUUGAAUGAUGAAAAACCUUAAUCGUAGGAAAUCGAAAGGCAUGAAGAUUCUUAAUUUCAAUAAAAUUAAGCAGUUUCACCUAGAGAAGGACAAAACUCUUAAAAUAAUGGAGAAUUAGAAAAGGAUUCUGAUUUUGGAGCGAAUCAUUCAUACGUGUCAUUUUCUCAUGAAGAAAAGGAAAUUGUUGAAAAAUAAAUUCAUUAAAAUAGUAAACAGAGUAAACUAUUUACAGAUACUUCAGAAGAAUUCAAUAAAAUUAGAUCAAACAUAAUAGAAAAGCAAUUCUAAUAAGCACUUGUCCAAAUUGAAGAGUAUUUAAGAUUAAAUCCAAAAAGUGUUGAAGCAAUUAAUUUGAAAGUGAAUUGUUUAAAGUAAUUGAAAGGUGCUAAGGAUAACAACCUCAAUAGAAAAUGCAUAGAAGAGCUGAAGAAAUCGUUAGAGCUUGAACCAAAUAAUGUUUUGACUCUUUUCAAUAUCGCAACUUGCUAUUAUGAGUUGAGUGAUUAUAAAAACGCUAUUAAAUAUUAUGAGAUGCUAAGUAAAUAAAAUUUUUAAGAUGCCAGAGUGUAUUUUAACCUAGCUCUUUCUUAUGAAAAAAUUAAUGAUACUUACAAUGCUUAAGUGAACUAUGAUAAGACACUAAAAUUAAAUAGCUCUUUCAGUGGGGCUGUAGUAAAUUAUAGCAACUUGCUGAUUCGUAUAGGGGAAUUAGAGCAGUCAAGACUUUUGCUAGAAAGUCAUUUAAAAUACUAGCCAAGAGAUGAAAAAGCUAUCAAUAAUUUAAACAUUAUCUUAGCUGAAAAAAGAUAAGAUAAAUAGGCCGAUAUUCUUUUUAAAAAGAUUCUUAGAAAGUAAAAUGGAUUCACUCCUUCUAUUCUUUACAAUCAUGGUGUCUUACUCUUUAAAUAAAAUAAGUUAAUAUCUGCCCUCCAGGCCUUUUAGUAAUUUACUUAAAUCCCAGAAGUUGAAGAAAGAGAUCCUUUAAAUCUACUCUCGUAUGUUAAUCAAGGACUUAUUUUUGAAAAAUUAGGAUAAUAUGAAAGCUCAUUAACUGUAUACGAGACAAUUUUAGAAAAUUUUAGUGACAUAGUUAACUGCAAGGAGUUUGAAUAGAAGAUAGCAGAAAUGAAAGAUAAAAUACUUAAAAGGCUCUCAACAAAAAAUUAUCAUUUUUCUUAUAACAAUCCUCCACCUCAAGGAUAGUAAUAUACUUUUUAUUCUUCUAGCUAAAAUCAUGAUACUAUGCCUCCUUUGAACUCAUAACAAAAAAGACUCUUCCCUGUCAAAUAGAAAGGAUCUCAAUCAAAUUAAUUUUAACUGAGCUCCAAUAAUUUCCGCUAAAUCUAAACUCCACAAUCUUUAGAAUCAAAUGGAACAAAAAUUCUAUUUAACUAGAAGUAAAAUGAAAUGGCAUAAACUGAUGGAUUAAAAGGAUUUAAUAAAGGUUCUUUCUAAUUUUAAUUAAAAACAUAAUAAAUAAAUAAAUUAUCUCCUGAUAGCAAGAAAGAUGACAUCAAAAUUAAUAAUUUCUUUAAAAAUAAUAAAUUUAAAAAUAGUGAUAAUCUCAAUAAUAAUAAUAAUAAUCAUUAAGGAGAAAGAAUUAUUUUAGAAAAGCCUUUAACGGGAUAAAAUAAACAAAAUUUAUCUAUUUCUUUUCAUGAAAAUAAGUUUAAAAAGAAUAUUUUAUUAAGAAAGGGAUCUUCUGAACUAAAGACAUCACUUAAUUCACAUAGUGAUAAAUAAAACUUAAGUAAUAAUUAUGGAGGAAAUAUGACUUAACCAAAUAGAGAAGGUAGAUAAUUUAAUUUUAAUUAUUUAGAUAAGCUUUCAAAACCUAAAAAACUACCUAAAGAAGAUCCUAAUGUUAAAUCCUCUUUAGAAUUAGCUCCAAAGUAGAUAAAUAAGAAUUGGAGUUAGCAAAAUUAGGUAAACAACCCAGUAUUUGAUAGACUUACUAAACCAAAAUAACCUUAAGUUGAGCUAAGUUAAUCUCCAGAAAGCAAUAAAACGUUAUUAAAUGCUCAUAAAUAAAACUAAACCAAAGAGUCAAAUUCUAAUUUUACAAUUAAGCCUAACUAAUAAAUUAAGCUUGCUAGUAUUGAUAGCAGCAAAUAAAUUUAGUAAAAAGCAGAAAAUUAAAUUUCAAAAAAGGAUAACAAUUCUAUGGCAGCUGAGAGUAGCUAAACUAGCAUAAAGUAAAAUAAUUUAAUGAACUUAGAUAAUUAAUAAAAAUCUAAGCCCUAAGUUAAAAGUGAAUUUGCAAUUAAGCAGAGUGAUUCAUAAAGUAAAAUUAAACAAACAAAAAGUUAAGAAAGAAGUGAAGAAAAAGAAAAGUAAAUAAGUGUAACUGAUAAAAGCUAAAAUGCUUAGAAUUCUGCAUAAAACCCAAAAUAAUAGUAAUCUAAUUUAGAUCAGUAAAAAUAAGUAAAUGGGUAAACUCAAAAAAUAAAUAAUUCUGAUAAUUAAGUAAAUUUAGAAGACAAAACACCUCUAAAAAUUCAAGAGAACUCAAAAAUUACAAUUUAAAAAAAUAACAAUGUAGCAUCUUAAAGUGUUUCUAAAGCUUCAGAAUAAUAAUUUUCACAAACCUCCACUCCUUCUAAAAAACAAAAUUAGAAAAAUUCAGAAACACCAUAAAACUAGUCGACUCCUAAACAAAAAGUUUUAUCAAACUAGCCUGAAAAGGUUUAAACACCUUAAAGUUAAAAGUAAUAAAAAGCUUAUGCCGAAGACUAAAAUUAAAAUAAGAAAGUGAAUAACUAAUAAAUUAAUAAAUAGAAUUCAAUAGGCUCAUAAAAAUCCCUCAAAGAAACAAAUAAUUUAUCUUCAACUCCUAUCUAACAUUAAAAAAUUAAAGAAGAAAAAGAAGAAGAUGAUAUAUCCAGAUAAUAGUCAGAAAGUGGAUUAAAUUCACCUAAUUAAGCUGAUUAGCAUGGGAAACAAAAAGAAUAGAAUUUUACUUCAGAAUCUCUAAAAUAAGAUUAAAUCUAAAAAGAUAAUUAGAAAGGAGAAAGCAAGCAUUCAACAUUUAAAGAAAAUAACCCAUAAUAAGAAUAAGAAAGAAAGUAAAGCUUGAUAUAAAAAUAAAUAGAAAUUAAUGAAACUGAAAAAAAACCAAAUAUUCAAAAGAUAGAGAAAGAAUAGAAUUAAAGUCUUGUAAAAGAUGAAUAAAAUACAAACAAUUAGUAAAAUACCAAUCAAAACAAAGAUGAUCAGGUAAAGGAAAUGAAAGUUGAAUAAUAAAAAGACAAUUAAAAUGAUAUCUCUAAAAAUUAAUUAGAUCAAAAUAGUUAAUAAAUAAAAGAAUAAUUAAAAAAUAAAAAUAUAAAUGAUAAAAAUAAUCAUGAAACUAAUUAGAAUGAGCAUAGUUAAAAAGAAAACAAAGUAGAAGAAACAAAAAAUAAAAAAGAAGGAGUUGUAAGUAAGGAUGAAACCUAAGAUAACUUGAGUAAUAAUUAAUCAGCUAUCAGCAAAAAAGAAGUAGAGUUAGAUAAAAAGGAUAAAACUGAUUAAUAGAAUACAAAAUAGUAGGUUGAGGAGAAGCAUCCUGAAAGACAUGAAAGUAAUUAAUAAAUUGAAAGUAGUGUAAAAGAAAAUAGAGUUUAGGAUCAAUAAUAAGAUAAUACCAAGCAUUAGUAGAAAGAGUAAGUUAUGUAAAAUUAAGAUAAGAAUGAAUAGUAAAAACAAGAUUAGUAAUAAAAAAAUUCCGAAUAGAUAAUAUAAAAAAAAUAGAGUGAUUAAACUCCAAAUUAAAAGAAAAUUGACAAAAAAAGCACUUUUGAAGAGAAAGAAGAAAAUAGUAGUUAAUAAUUAAUUAAAGAUCAUUAAGAAAGCAUUAAAGAAAAUAAUACUAGCUAGCCACUUAUUUAGUUGUAAUAAUAAUAUAGUUCGAUGGAUUCUCGACACCAUGGAGAAGGAUAAAGAUCAAGACAUUAGAUAGGUUUUUAAAUAAAUAUAAUUUAAGAAAAUGGUAGCUUGAUAAAAAGCGAAGAAUUUAAAGAAGAAGUUUAAGAUGAUGACCCUGAAUAGCUUAAUGAUUCUUAAAUCCUAAAAGACAAAUAACUUAUUGAAGUUUAAUAACAAAAAGAUGUUAAAAGUGAUAAUUAAAUACCUAAAGGUGAAUAAAAAGAAUCCAAUCAUGAUAAAGAUAAAAAUUAAGAAAAAUAACAUUAAAAUGAAUCUAAAAACAUUCCAACUAUUCAUUAAGAUAGUUAAAAUUAAAAAAAUAAAGAUUUAAAAGAAAUGUCAGAAAAUAACUUAAAUAAAAAAUAAGAAAUAUCUAAAAGUACAGAAGACAUGAAGUAAUCAACAGAGCAUCCAUAAUAAAAGGAAUCAAAAGAUAGUGCAGAAUUCUAAUAAUAAGUUAAAUCUAAAAAAUCUGUAGAUAAUGAUUAAGAUAAAAAACAUGAAGAAAAGUAAGAAUCGAAAAUAUUAGAAGAUAGUAAUUAAGAAAAAGAUGUUCAAAUUAACCAUUAAUAAAAUAAUAAUUAAUAAAUUAAAUCUAAAAAUGUAAUAAACGAAGAUGAAGCCAAAAAAGAAAAUAAUUAAACAAUCAAUUAGUAAGAAUAAGCGCCUAAAUAAAAUAAUAAUAAUUCCCAAGAGCAAAUACCUGUUUAAGUAGAAAAUUAAAAUUCUCAUUAAGAACAUAAAAAAUAAGAAUAAGAAACUAUUUAAAAUAAUUUAGAAAAUCAAAAUAAACAUCAUUAAUUUGAUAAUUAAAAUGAUCAUUAAUAGGAAAUAGAGUAAAAUUAGAAAUAAAAAAAUGAUUCCCCAAAAAAUUUAAAUUAAUCUCAUGAAGAGUAAAAUUUUGAAAAUUCUAUGAAAUAGGAUUAAAAGUAAGAAGAUAAAACAUAAAUCCCAUAAACACCUAAAAAAGAAAAGAUGUAACUGUAAUAAAAUGACAUCUCAGAUAAAGAUAAUAUCAAUUUUUUUAAAGAUUAAAAUAAUAAUUAAUAACUUGAUGAAGAAUAGUAGAGAAUAUUUAAUGAAUAAUUAGAAAAAUAAUAAGAGUAUAUGAUCAUGGUAACAUAAUAUAAAUCUGUUGAAAAAUUAAACGAAAGCUUAUAGGAUUCUGCUAGAUCUAGUAAAUUAAAUAAUAUAAGUUAAGAAAUUGCACAUAAUAAUUAAAAUUAAGAUUUUAUUAUUGGAGGUUAAACAGAAAGUAUUUAAGAAAUAGAGCAUCAUUAAGAUAAACAUAUUGAUUCAUAAAAAUAAGAUUAAUCUGAUUUAAAUUAAGAGGAAUUAUAAUAGAAAUAACAAUAAAUACAUGACGAUAAAGGUGAUAACAACAAUAUUUCUGAAAACCCUAAUGAAAUUUUAGAAAAUUAAUAAGAGAAAGAAAUUAAAAUUAUAGAACAAAAUCAUGAUAGUUAAUAAAAUGAAAAAGACAGUUAAUAAAUAACAUAAAUUGAUCAAAUAAACUAGGAUAAUUAAUAAGAAAAUAGUAAGCAAGCAUCGUAAAUUCAAAUUUAAGAUCAGAAAUAAAUCAAAUAAGAUAAUAUUAAUGAGUCAGAUCAAGCUCAUGAAUAAGAAAAAGAAGAUGAAAAUGAAUAAUUGGAAGAUGAGUAAAGUUAAAACGAAGAAAUUGAAAAUAAUUAAUAAAAUAGAGACAAUGAUUCAGAAAAAAAUCUAAAUGAUAGUACAUCAAAAUUAUAAGAAGUAUAAGAUAAGCUAAAUAGUGAAAAAGAAAUCUAAGAUUAAUAAAAAAUAGAAUAAUCAAUAAGCUAAGAUGAAAAAGAAUAGUAAUAGCAUGAAUAAAUCCAAGAUAAUAAUUAAUCAAAUGAGUAAAUAAUAAAUUAAGAUGAAUAAGAAGAAUAAAAUUAGAAUGAAUAAACACAAUUUAAUUAAUAAGAGUCAAAAGACGAGUUAAAUUAAAACUAAAAUUUGAAAUAAGAGUAAGAUGAUUAAUAAGCAUAAGAUUUAUAACUUAAUUAACAAGAUGAAUAACAAUAACACGAUGAAUUGCAAGAAAAAGAUCAAAAUUCUCCAUAAAACUAGUAAGAAUUAGAUUAAUAGUAAAAUUUAUAAGGUUAAGAUUAGAAUGAAGAGUAAAGCAAUAUUGAAAAUAAAGAAGACUUAGAUAAAGAGAAUUAAGAUUAAUAAGAUAAUGAUGAAUAAGAAAAAUAAUAAGAUGAAUAAGAAUAAAAUUCUGAGAUUAAAAAUUAGGAAGAUUAGCAAGAAAGAAGUAAUGAAGAUUAAUAGGAAUAGUUGGAUAAAGAUGAAAAUCAAUAAAAUUAGGAAGAAUCAAAUAAAUAAUAAAAUUUAGAAGAAGAAUAAUAAUAAGACUAAAAUUAGGAAAAUUAAAUAGAAAAACAAUUAGAUGAUUAACAAUAAGAUGCUGAUUAAGAAGAAUAAGCUUAGGAUGUUGAAAAAGAUUAAUCUGAAAAUAAAGAAGAAUCUGAAGCCCAACCUGUUAUAAAUGAAAAUGAUAAGAAUGAUACAGUUUUGAAUUAAUAAGAUGAAAUAAAACCUAAUGAUCAUGAGUAAUAAUAAGAUUUAGAAGAUACAUAAAAGGCAUCAUAAUUAAAUGGAGAUGAAGAAAAUGACUAAAAAGAAGAAAAAUAAGAUAAUAUUGAAGAAAAUAAAGAACAGCAAGUUCUCUAAAUUAAUAAAGAUGAUAAUUAAGAAAAUUUGAUCUCUAAUGCUUUAGAAAACCAGGAAAAUUAACAGAACAUUUAAAAUAUUGAAGGAUUAGAAUAGUAAGGAAGAACUUAAUCUGAAGAGUAAGAUAUUGUUAAAAUGCUUUAAGGUGAGAAAUCCCCUCCUUCUAAAAGCAAAUCCUAAGAAGAUAACGUACUCGAGAAUGAUAAUCACUAAAAUUAAUAUUUAGUCAAUAAACUAAUUUAAAAUAACUCUAAUGACGAAGAAAAUGAGAAAAGAGGGCUCCUUACUUUACACAGCUCUGCUAAAGAAUUAGAAUCUAACAGAGACUCUUUUAUGAGUGAUAAUAAUCUUACAAAAAAAAGUAAAAGUAAAAAGAGUAAGAAAAAUCUCUAAUCAUAAUUACCCCCUGAAUUUGAUUCAUGGACUAAGUAAAUAUGUGAAAAUAUGAUUAGAAACUAAGACGAAAAGGCUUAUAUGGCUCAUUAUAAAUUAGGUAUAAUUUCGAUUGAAGAUAAUGAUGUUGAAAAUGCAAAGUUAAACUUCUUAAAGGUGGCUGAGUUAUAGCCUGAUUUCAUGCCUGAAAGAAUUCAUUUUGCAAUAGCAGAAAUAUUCCUUCAAACAUAAAAUUGGGAAUAAGCUUUAGAACACUAUAAAAUUUAAUACAAAUAUUCUCAAGAUAAAUAUACCUCUUGCUUAAGAAUCGGAAAGUGCUUUAAAAAGCUUAAUAAUUUAGAGAAAGCUAAAAAAAGCUUUGAAAACGCUAUUGCUUAAAAUGACUAAAAAGACUAUAAAUGCUUUUACAAACUUGGUUCAAUUUUCUUUUAAGAAAACAAAGUUAAAGAAGCCAUAGAUAAUUUUUCUAAGGCUCUUUCUCUGAACGCUUAGGAUAUUAAAAUAUUAGUAAAGCUUGGACAGAUUUAUUUAGAGUAAGAUAAAGAAGAAAAUAGUAUUUAAGAAGCUUUCUAAUACCUCACUGAUGCUAUACAGUUAGAUGAAAAUAAUUAUGAGUGUUUGAUAAGUUUAGGAAAACUCUAUGAUAAAUAGGGAGAAUUAGAAAAUGCAAUUAAAUUCACAGAACUUGCUAUUUAGAGGCCUGAACACAAUAUAAAUUCAAUGUAUUACCUAGGCACAUUAUACCUUAAAAAUAAAGAAAUAACUAAGUCCGGAGAAUGUUUCAAAAAAGUUUUAUAAUAAAAUUCAGAACAUAUCCCAAGUUUGAUAGAAUAUGCUACUAUUUUAAGCUUGAAAGGAGAAUUUGAGAAAUCAAAAAAAUACUUUAAAAUAGCUCUUUCCAAAGAUCCUAAUAAUUUAAUUUGCAAUUUAAGACUAGGCAAGAUAUAUUUAAAUAAGCUUAACAAUAUAAAUCGUGCUAUUGAUUGCUUCAAGCAAAUUAUAAGCAUCGAACCUAAGUAUAGUAAGGCACAUUUCUAGCUGGGUAUGGCAUACCAAUCGAGAAAAGAUUUUAAAUUGGCAGCUGAGUGCUUUAAAUAAUGUAUAAGUAUAAAUCCUAAUAAUGCAGAUGCAUGGUAGUAGCUAGGUACCAUAUUUUAAGAAACUGGUAACACUGAAAAGGCUCUUAUGUAUUUCCAAAAGGGUUUAGUUUUUAAUCCAAAUGAUUUUUAACUUCAGAAAGGAAUUGCUAACUGUUAUUAUUUUACUGAAAAUUAUGAUACAGCAAUAGAAAAAUAUGAGAACCUCUUAAAGAAUAAAUAAGAUGAUGAAGCAUUACAAUAUCUAGCUGACUGCUAUUACACUAAAGAUGAUGUGGAAAAUGCUAUUUACUAUUACAAAUAAUGUCUUGAAAUUAACCCCAAAAGACCUAAUUGCUUAUAUAAUUUAGGUAAUGCAUAUUGUACUUAAAAUAACUAUGAAGAGGCCUAGUAAGCCUACAUAGAGUGUAUAUAAUUAGAUACUACUAAUGCUUCUGCAUAUUAUAAUUUGGCAAAUGUAUAUUACAUUUAAAAUGAUUACGAGAACGCUUUGAUUAAUUUUGAAUUAGCCAUAGAAAAAGACCCUUCAAAUGUUGAAUGGAGAAAUUAUAUUGCAGGAUUGUAUAUAGAUAAUAAUUAAUUUGAUAAAGCAAUAUAACAUUUACUUAAAGCAUAUGAUGAUGGUACAAGCAACUUUGAUACAUGCUUUAAACUUGCUUAGGCUUACUACGGACAAUAAAAUUUAUCCGAAGCACGUCAAUACAUAAAGGUUGCUGUAGAGAUAGAUCCAGAUAAUGAUGAUGCAUAUAGAUUAUAUGAAGAGCUUAAUCCUGCUCCAGUUAACAAAAGUAAUAGUCAAAACAAAGACUCUAAUGUUUCAGCCUCUAAGGAUUUAGAGUCAGAUGCAAGUUAAAUAAAAUACAGUUAAGCAUCUAUUUAGGUUUUCAAAGAAAACAUGGAUCUAUCUAUAAGAUAAGAAAGAAAUGGCAAAUCAUAUAAUAAAGGUAGCUAAUCACGUAUUUUAAAAGAAAAUAUUGAAUGA